GUUCUGCUACAAUAGGACUCUCCGUAGUCUCUAUCUUCCUUACACACAUUCUCUACUCAAUCAUCAAAAUCUCAGCACUGCAUUAUACGGCGCUAAAUAUAUACCGCGUAUAUAAAUCCAGAAAAAAACAAAAAUUAAGAAUGUCAUCUUGGUUGUUUCUUCCAAACCCUUUCAAUUCUGAAGACAAUGAUGAUCAGAACUCUGAUCACAGCAUCUCCACUCUCUUCCGCUCUGUGGCAGCCUUCCUUGCUCCACCGCCAACUAAUUCUCCGUCCGCCGCGGCCGCCACCGAUGAAAACGGCGGCGGCGGCGGCACGGUGGAGGUCAGCUCAAGGGCGAUUGCCGGAAUGAAGCAUGAUUUAGCUGAGAUUGGAGACAGGUUUAAGUCCAGCGUUUCUCUGUUGUCUUCUCGAUUUUUUAAGCCAAAAGAGGAUGAUCCUGUAGAGGAGGAGAUGGAGAUGGAGAUGAUAGGAAUUACGGAGGAAGUUGUGGAUUAUGUGAGUACUCUUUCUGAAAGACCUCAGCUUUGGACUGAUUUUCCAAUCAGUUUACCAAAUGACUUUGAAAUGUCUGCCAAUCAAAGAGAGCAUGUGGAGAACAUUGAGCAAUUGGUGCCCGGUCUUGGAUCCUUAAGGCAAAAGGUUUCUGGCCAUUUACCAAAUAAUAAGUUUUGGAUGAUCUAUUUUAUCUUAUUGCUUCCUAGGUUGGAUGAGAAUGAUUUGGAGCUCCUAUCGACUCCCAAGAUUGUCGAAGUGAAGGAUACCCUUAUGCAGCAAUUGCAAAAUAAGAAGGCCCGGGGAGAAGUUUCCAAACACUCUAACACUCAGCAUAGCUCCCUUGAUAACAUCAAGGACGGUAGCUUGCAAGGGAACAAUAAUCGGACAAUUACUUCAACUGAGGCUCCAAAAGCUGCAGAAAUAGAGGUUUCAAAUGCCGAGAAACCCAAACUGCUGUUCAAAAAUGAGGGUGCUGUUUUGUUUAGCGAUGUGGAGGAUGAUGAUAAUGAUUUGCCAGGUAGAAGAUCCAGCGCCUCACUCGGCAAGAAAGCUCUUUCAUCUGGUGAAUCACAUGAAUGGGUUCAUGUAGGUGGAAAGUCGAAAGCUUCUUCUGUCGAGAAAGGUUCCGAUAGUGAGGGAUCUUGUGAAUGGCUUACAAUUGAUGAUGUUGAUUCAGACACAAUGGCGGCUUCUUAAAAAUCCCCUCCCACCCUUGCAUUAGUUGCAGGAGUAUUUUUCUCUCCUCCCUUGGUUUUCAUCAUUCUUUACUAUUUCUCAUUUAUGUAAAUGCCUUCUCAAAAUCCAAGAUAGGAGGAAAAUAAGGAAUCUUAGUGCUGUAUUUUAGCCUUCAGAUUCUCAUUUGUUAGUGUUAAUAAAUAUAUAUUAUUUUAGUA